CUCAUCUCCUUCUUUAAUUCAAUCCAUCAACCCACAUUGCCAAUGGCAUCUUGAGCUCCUCCUGCCAUUCUUCACAAAUCUUCUCAUCAUUCUUUCCCUUGAAUGGUGGAGAAGAUGGCAGUGACUCACUGUGGAUCUCAUACUAUCAGAUCCCACGGAGCCAAGUUGGCAAGAGCUCAUAUGCAAGACUGGCUAAUUCUUCUCCUCCUUGGCCUAAUAAUUGGUAUUUUGAAUUAUAUUGAACCUUUUCAUCGCUUUAUUGGAAGCGAGAUGAUGACAGAUCUGAAAUACCCUUUCAAGCCAGACACUGUACCUAUGUGGGCUGUUCCGAUUUAUGCAAUAUUGUUCCCUUGUGUAAUAUUUCUCGUAUACUACAUUUCCAGAAGGGAUGUUUAUGAUUUGCAUCACGCUGUUCUAGGCAUUCUGUUUUCUGCUCUGAUUACUGGAGUCAUAACUGAGUCAAUCAAAGAUGCUGUUGGUCGACCACGACCAAAUUUCUUUUGGCGGUGUUUCAAAGAUGGAUUGCCUGUGUUUAAUCCUUCUACAUUGGAUGUCAUGUGUACCAACAAAAACUUGGAGGUUAUAAAGGAAGGUUACAAAAGUUUCCCAAGUGGACACACUUCUUGGUCCUUUGCAGGUCUAGGUUUCCUCUCUUGGUAUUUGUCUGGGAAAAUUAGGGUGUUUGAUCGUAGGGGCCAUAUUGCAAAACUCUGUAUUGUUAUCCUUCCAUAUCUUUUGGCCUCACUUGUGGGAGUUUCUCGCGUGGAUGACUAUUGGCAUCAUUGGACAGAUGUAUUCACUGGAGGCAUUAUAGGAAUGGGAGUUUCUUCACUAUGCUACUUGCAUUUCUUUCCAUACCCACAUGAUAUGAAUGGUUGGGCACCUCAUGCAUAUUUUAGAACGUUGGCUGAAAAUGCUGCUCAGUCCGUGCCAACAGAGAUGGAAGCUGCCCCUUACGCGCACCAUGUAUACGGUGAAGAAACUGAAAAAUCAACUAUGCUAGAUACAAGCCCGGAUUUGGGAUUACUGGAAGCUGGGAAAACACACUGAUUUCAUAGCUUCAUUUUACAAGUAUACAAUGUCACUGAAUUAUACUUGUGUAUUUCAUAUGUUGCAUACUUGAACUUGUAAAUUACAUCCAAAUAGAUUCAUGGACACAGAUUACCAAAUUCAUUUUCUUUUCGAUGAUUUCAAUUUACUGAUGUUACAAAUUUGCAUUUUGUUGUUUUAGAAUUGAAUUGUUUGUUGGUUGAGUUGACGUGCUUCAUGAUUUUA